UUUAUAGAAUGCGCGUACCCUGUAACAUUGGCAGGAAGCGAGCGUCCUGUUGGGCACUGAUGGUGCGGAAAGCACGGGACGGGGUAUAGCUCCGCAGAGCUAGGGUUUUUUGGAACUCAACAUGUUUCUAUGCUUUUGAACUUACCAAAGAGCAAGGAAACAAUCCGCAAGUUUGUGUUUGGCACAAUGAAAGAACCGCUAUUGCCAAGCUCCACAAUUACAGCCGCCCUGCCCGGUGCGUCUCUACAGAAAGCCUGUAAGUUCCUGGUGGUCUUCUGCUCCCUUCACCUUUGCGUUACCCUAUUCUACUACUUGUCCGGCGGCGAUUUCCGCAUCUUUCAAUACUUUUCGGUGAACCAGCAGCAGAGACCACCCGAAAUACACCCUACUUACAGUAUCCCGCUAACAACUACUGUCGCCAGAGAGCUUCCCAGAUGCGCUGAGAUCUCCCCUCUACUACGCGGUCCUCUUACAAUUGAUUUCAAUGUACACGUCAAUUUAACUGAAGACAUUAAAGCAAAUCCAAAGGUAACAGAGGGUGGGCACUACAAACCAAGUGACUGCAAAGCGUUGCAGAAAGUUGCUAUCAUUAUACCAUUCAGAAAUCGUGAUUCACACUUGAAAUACUGGCUUCAUUAUAUGCAUCCCAUAUUACAGAGACAGCAGCUGGAUUAUGGAGUGUACGUUAUCAAUCAGGAUGGAGACAACACUUUUAACCGUGCCAAGCUAAUGAACAUUGGCUAUGCAGAAUCUCUGAAAGAGUAUGAUUACAACUGCUUCGUAUUUAGUGAUGUUGAUAUUGUCAUAAUGGAUGAUAAAAAUCUCUACAGGUGCUUUAACCAGCCAAGGCACUUAUCCGUGGCUAUGGAUAAGUUUGGGUUUGGUCUUCCAUACCACCAGUAUUUUGGGGGCGUAUCUGCUCUAAGCAAAGAACAAUUUAGAAGAAUCAAUGGAUUUCCAAACACAUACUGGGGAUGGGGCGGAGAAGAUGAUGAUAUAUACAACAGGAUUGUAGCCAAAGGUAUGUCAAUCUCUCGGCCAGAUGCCACAACUGGUAAAUGCCGGAUGAUCAAACACAAUAGAGAUGAAAAAAAUGGUGACAAUCCAAAAAGGUUUGACUUGAUUUCACGAACAAGACACACCAUGGAGAAAGAUGGGAUUAACUCACUCUCCUAUAAAGUUGUGAAGAAGGAAAAGUUUCCAUUAUAUGUAAAAAUCACAGUGGAUGCUGGUAUUCCGUCAUGAUAAUGUUCUUGAAUUUUAAAUGAAUUGAUGAAUGUGGCCAUCAGCAGCCCCAUUUCAAUACUUAUUUUUUUAUAUUUUUAGAAUAUAGCCACAAAAUUUAAAGUCAAAAUAUAUAUAAUUUUAGUAAGCAAGCAAUUACAAAAUGUCUAUGACUGUUUGACCAAAUUAGUAACAUAUCAGGAAAUGAAUGUACUACUUCUUGUGUACAAUGCUGCUAUAUAUUUAUGAAUGUUUACACAGAGAUGGGGAAAUGUAAUAAAAAUCAUACAGGAAAAAAAAUCAAACCUAAUAACAGAAAAAUUAUAUUUCAUAAUGUCAGAUUGUUUAAUGGGCAGUUAUUACAUUGUGAUUUGAGUUAAUUGGGCACUUUUUGAAAGUGUUUUAUUGUUUCUGGUGCAAAAACGACUUAAGUUGUAAAUAUGCACACUGUAAUACACCAGUGUACCCUACAAACUAUAAAAUGCGGAAAUUUUAUUUUAUGCUGGCGGAUUAGGCUGUACAGAUUUGCUGAAAAUUAGAUAAAACACGCCCAAAGAACAUCGUUUUUCAUAUCAUGAUAUUUUAUUCAGUUAACAAGUAUCAUUCCAAUUUCCAGACAAUCCCAGUUUUGGCUGUGUAUUAAAAAUAUCUCUCCCUCUACAAAAGUCUUUAAAACACUUUACAGUAAGAGCAGAAGGUAUGCUGAAGAUCCCCUUACCAUUUAAGCAUAGUCCCACUACUCUACACUCACUCUUUAACAAAUCUCCAUCAUUAAAUUAAUCAUUAAAGAGCCACUUGCUGGAAUUUAUUUGCAAUUGCUUGCAUUUCCAUACAUUAACACAGGUGGCAUCUAAAGCAGCUAUCAGUCUAGGAUGCCAGCAACCAGUCAUCAUGUACAGGUUGUUAAGAACAUCACAGGGUAAGGUAUGGGACACUUCAUCCUGUAACCUUUUUUCCAAAAAAGCUCAUAAUUACAUGUUGGCCAUCUCCCAUACAUACAGUACAUAUCCUAUACAUUUUAAUCAAAUAAUUCAAGCGAUUUCCUUUAAAAAAGCCUUAGCACAUAGGCUCAUGACUAAGUGCCUUGGAACACAAAACGUAAGGACAUGUAAACUAAAUAAAGAUACUUUGUUUUUACUUAUCUGCCAUGCAUGUUGGGAUUUUUUGGAUUGCCUACUCAUAUUUUUAUAGUUGGUUUAAAAUAUGUUUUCUAUUGCAAAUAUUUUCAUUAGUAAACAGUAAAAAUUAUUUGCCAGACAGAAAACCUCUUAAAGAAGGGAAGGGGUAGAAAGAUAAUAUUCCAGCUUUAAUGAAGAGCCAAAGUAGAUUCCAGCAUCUCCUGGACACCUGCUAUGUUAUUGGGCUUUUUUUUAAUAUGUGCCAUAUGUUGAUCGACAUACUAUAACAGAAAUGUGCCUUUAAUUUUUAAUCUCAGCAAUUCUUCAUAUCUUUAUACUGAUCAUAUACUUUUACAGUUAAGUGCCUUGAUUAUAGAAAAUUCUGCCUAUGUAGGUAUCACAAACCCUGAUGCCUUAUGGACGCAUUUCACCAACAUGAGAUAUCUGCGCUGUAGAUGAGAAUUCUCACUUACAUUCCAAACCCACACACUUAUUUAUAUGCUAAAAUGAAAUCACAUGCUGUACUUAAUCCCACUAUGCUUUUGAAUUUGAGUUUUAGACUGCACAAUAUGUGUGUGUGUGUGUGUGUUUAAAUUGCAUAUUAAAUGUUGAAAAAAUGGUCUUAAAUUGACAGUAAAAUGUUAAACUCUGGGAUCUCAAACCUCUAGGUGCUAAAACAAUGCAGUAUUUUUUGUACCAGCAGAGGAUAGUUAUUUAUUUAUCCUGAACAAGGAUGAGAAUACUUUGUGGCCCUGUGCAUGUUUAAACAAAACCAAUAUGUAAAAGACAACUUUAUUUUCCAGACCAGGUUAUUUACAAAUGCAUGUUACGUAGCCAUGAUUUUACAUGUUACAGAAUCUGAUGUCCAUAGUUUAUUUUAACAAAUGUUACAAAUCUUUGGUGUUUACGUUUUUACUGAAUGUUCUUUUAUGUAUUGUCUUGUUUUAUUUAGAGAAAUACAUUUGUGGGGAUAAAAUCAGUGGAGCUUAAUUAUUAUUGCAUUAUAUAUGUUGAUGUAAUAUCUCUACAUUCCUAGGAGAUUAGUCACCUGCAGUUAAGGCAUACGUUUCGCUUCGUUUUUCCGAAGACAUAAAAGUUUCCUCCUGCAGGCAACUUUGUGCAACUUCAGAAAACGAAGUGGCUUGUAUGUCUUUCCAAUGGCCAUUCAUUUUAUUUCCAGUGGAAUGGCAUUUCCUGGGAUAUUAGUCGCCUGCAGCAGCCAAGAUUAACUGUGGGCAACUAAUCUCCCCGUGGGCUAUGAGCCUUAUACAGUAGAUCUAGUACUGUUUGCAAACUUUUGCUUUACAAUUGUAAACUUGAAUACUGUAUGUUAAUGCAUUUUUGCUCCAUUAAAUUUUGCAAGAAGAAAAACAGGAACAUUUAUAAAUGAAAAUUUGAUAGUUAAAGUAACAGUGCUGUACAUAGUAAGAGCACAUAUUGUAUUCAUUUGAAUCUCUAACAGCGAAAAAUAAGUACUGUUUGAAAAAAUCCCCAUAUCUAUUAAGUUCUACCCUUUUGUUUAAAUAAAACCUGCCUGUAUGUUAGCUGGUCCAGAGAAAGGCAAAAACACAAUAUAAAGCCUUUCCAAUUUGCCCCAGAGGGGGGACAAUGCAGGUUUUUGAGCCAGUAAUCAUUUUAUAUUAAUUUUGUAUGAUAAUAAUAUCAAUGCACAUCAAUGUUUACUAUCAAAUUGUAACAUUCAAUUAUAUUUAUAAAACUAUAAACUGCCAAAAUUAUUUUUACAUAAAAUUGUAUAAUAAACAUAUAUUUGCUAAAGUA